AUGACAUCCGCAUCCCAAACCUUCGCCAUCCCCGAACUCUUCGAACUCAUCCUCCUAAACCUAGACACCCGCACCCUCCUCACAAAAGCCCAACUCAUCUGCCACACCUGGACAACAUUCAUUCAAGAAUCCCCAGCAAUCCAAUGGGCUUUGUUCUUUAAACCAGAACCAAAAGGCCCCCGAUGGCAGAAUCCACUCCUGGCCGAAGUCUUUCCGUCUAUCUUCAGUUCUUCGGAUCCUAAUGUGCAAAGCAAUGUCAAUUUGACUUUCACCAACUUCGAUUUGAUUCUCAAUUCUCAUAAAUUCGAUGCAUAUAUGAGGCCUGAAGCAAGUUGGCGGAGAAUGUUGGUUCAACAACCUCCGCUUUCUACAUUGUCGCUUCUGCGUAGUAGUGCUGGUCAUGGUGGACAGUUGUUUUACCAUUAUGAGGCUUUGGACCUCCCAUCUGGUCUUCGCAUGGAGACGGUUUUCGAAACGCUUAUAUUCAGCGAGAUGUGGGAGCAAUUCGAUUACCAACAAGCCACCGAAGCAAUCUGGGGACCUGAGCAGUUGGCCAAGAUGGUGCGGACAGAUUUGGAGCGGUAUGGGAUAGAGAACUUCGGGUUGAUGAUUUUCACAUCGGUGGGAUGGUCACGACACGGGCUGGUUGGGAGUUUGUUGGACUGGGAGUGUGCGAUUGUGAAGGUCAAAGAGGGGUAUCAGAAGCUGGGAUUGAAGCCGAAGGUUACUGCACAGGCAUUUGUCAAGAGGAAGAGUUAUGGGUCUUUGUGGGAUUGA